AUGGCCGAGCUCCUACCUGCACGUGUAACCUCAUGGCGAGAAUUCGUACUCGGUUGUUCAGCAUCGGGUGAUGCCGUUCCAGUCUGUCCGGAUUCAAUCCUCCCCAACGACCCGAUUGGGGCACCACGAAGCCGGGCACCGAUCGCACACUCCCCUCCUCCGGCGCCGUCCCUUAUAGAAACACUCCCAGCAGGUAUUUCCAGGAGCACGGCGAGGACGGGGCCCAUUGCAUCCGCUGCAGAAGCCAUGCCCGGCACUGACUGCCUGAGCAAGAGCGGCCUCGCGAGACCUGGGAGGUGGGUUCUCCAUGUGAUCUCGGCAUUUGAUAGACCUCUUGGUUUGUGCAAGAGUACCUAUGAAUACCUCCGGAUUCUGGAUUGCAGCGGGCUCGGGUGGGACCGCGAUGAUUUGAAGUUCCUCAGCAGGAGAUUGAGGCGUUGGAAUCUCAUCGCCUAA